AUGCGCGACUAUGUCGAAUCAUCAUUACCCGGUCACAUAUGGCAUCGCGACGCGUUCGAACUGAAAGCUGUGCAAGAUCCAGACGGAGAAGGAUGUAUGCUAGAGGGCAGGAUGAGAGUGGGCGAUUGUGUGGACGACGAGUGGUGUGUUGUGUGGCUUCUGAGAGAAAUCAGCGCAAAGUGGGACGUCGCGAUCAGCGUCUUCGACUCCGACGGCGAGUUUUUGCUCAUUGAAGCAGCUGACUCGCUCCCCUCUUGGGUUACCCCGUCGAACGCAGAAAAUAGGGUCUGGAUAUACAACUCCCACCUGCAUAUUGUGCCUCUCUCUCACGUCUCUGCACCAUCUAGCAAACCCCGGCGAAGCCGGUAUCGUGGUGUCAAGGAGACUGAAGACGACGACAACAUUACUGAAGAUGAAACCGAGGAUUUUAUCGCGGUCCAAGACGCUUUGAAGCUCGUGAUAGACCCGUUGACAGACACCUUGGCUCCAAGUCAGGUGGAAACGGCGGUUUGGUCCCGAAUAUUUGGAUAUCCGGCAGCGGCACGACAACAUGUCCAUGUCACCAAGGCGUAUCUUCCCGUAGAUAUUGCCAAAGCCCUGUCUGCCAAUCCGUCUCUAGUUCAAAAGCCCGUAGAGGCCUUCUACACUCGUGACGCCCUUCAAUUACGUGCUGCGCACAGAAUGUUGCGCUUCCCGCCUCAGCCAUCUGUGCUGACGACGGUGAAAAUGACACGUACAGCGUAUGCGCAACUCGUAGGCCAAAAAUUCUAUCCACCGAAGAUUUUUGACCGGUGGCAAGAGAAGGAAGGCACUACAGAAUGGAAAUGGAGGGACGUUGGAAUGAAGAUUGCUUGCGGUUUUGAGAUGCUCUACCAGGAAAGCAAAGGGCGUUCGGAGACGUCAACAAUAUCGUCUGAUGCUGUGCAGUUAUCGAUGGAAGUGCGAAAGGAAGCUUUGCGACGUACCCCGGAUUACAUCGUGUAUAUCGAAAACCUUGUAUCCUCGGGAUACUUCAAGGGUGAACUCCAAGGCUCUCAGUUGUGGAAUGCGCUGGAAGAUAAGGCAGCAGCAGCGUUCAUUGAAGUACGACGAGACGACGAUUCCGCGAGACUGUCGUUUGCUACCGCAGUAAAUAUGGCAGUGUCCCAAGCUAGCGAUACUCUCAUCCCACAGAUCCAACAGAAAGAAACUUCAGAUGAUUGGCUGAAUGUAGACGCUGCAGACCUCGACGCCAUGCUCGAAGAGAACCUGGGUGGCAAGUCAAAGUCGGAGCCAGAGGUCUUGGCCGAUGCCAUGGAUGUUGAUGUCGAGGCAGCAGAGGAUCAUGUGGCGAAGGAGCAAGCGUCACGCCUUCAGGAUCUUGCCAAGAAAGUGGAGGAGUUUGUCGAGGGCGAAGGUGACGUCGAAGGGGCAAGAUUUGCCGACGAGGAAUUCUCAGAAGAAGAGUUCAGUGAUGAGACAGAGGAGGAAUCUGACGAGGAGAUGCGACCUGCAGAUGACGAAGUUGACAAAGUUGACAAAGCCGCAAGGCGGGCUGCCAUGGACAGGCUCGUGCCUGGACUUGACCCAUCCGAGUAUGGUCAAAUGCCUCCUUCUUUCCAUAGCAAUUCCCAGCGAGUGGCUCCCACCACAAUAGAGACGGAGACACGAAACGCGUCAUCUGAAGGACCGUCGGAGUCACCGACAGAGCCACGAACUCGGCCUAUCAGACCACCUAUUCUGCCUAGAGACAACUUCGAGGGUGUAGACUCUGACGACGAGACGGAUGAAGAGAACGGAGGCGAUGACGAGGAAGAGGAAGAUAUGCCUCAAGUUGUCGGAGAUGUCGAGAUCGACAUGGAAAAAGAGCAGGAUGAAUUCUUGGAGUUCGCCAGACAGACUCUUGGAGUGUCGGAUGAGCAGUGGGGAGACAUAGUGCGCGAGCGCAAGGGUCGUGGAGUGUUCGUACCAGGAUAUGUUGCCUCGGAGAGUAAGUUACCACAGCAGACUGUCCCGGCAUCAUCCAUAAAUGUUGCUCCCGCUGCGUCCACGCAAUCACCUGCAAAUCCCAACCUGGAUUCAUUCGAGGCUGUUAUGCAGGCAAUGGACGCACAGUUGGGGCUCUCUCAAACGAGCAGGAAGGGGGAGUCGGCAGCGGCAGCCAGCGGGAACAGCGGGAAAGCAAGCGCUGACAUUGAUAUCGAGACAGCGAUGGAUGCUGAACUCAGAACAGCUCUGGAGAAGGAGCACGACGACGAUGGGGAUGAAGCUGAGAUUGAGCAAGGGAUGGACUACAAUCUUAUCAAGAAUUUUCUGGAGAGCUUCAGGAGUCAAGCCGGAUUGUCAGGUCCAGUGAGCAACCUUGCGGGUAGAUUGCAAGCGGGUUGGACGUUCCCCAGAGAUGAAUCUUGA